AUGGAGAAACCCAAUCCAAUCCCAAAAAUUAUGCAACCUUUACAUAAAUUAUCUUCCCCAUUCCCCCAACGUCUAAAGAAGAAGAAUAAGGAUGAGAAGUUCAAGAAGUUUUUAUCAGUGUUCAAGACAUUAUCGAUUAAUCUCCCUCUUGUGGAAGCAUUGUUGGAAAUGUCGGGUUAUGCUAAGUCUUUGAAGAAGUUAGUCACAAAGAAAAGGAGCUUGGAUUUUGAGACAAUCGAAGUUUCCCAUAGUUGUAGUGCAAUUAUGACUAAGGAGCUGAUCAAAAAGAGAGAAGAUCCCGGAGCGUUCACCAUCCCUUGCUCCAUCGAUGCUGAAAUUCCCAUCAUUUUGGGAAGACCAUUCUUGGCAACAGAGAGAGCAUUGGUGGAUGUUGAAAGCGGAGAAUUGAAGUUUCGGGUGAACGAAGAUAAAGUAACCUUUAAUGUUUGUAAGUCUAUGAAACACCCAAGUGAUAUUCACAUGGUCUCCACUGUUGAUAUUAGUGAUGAGGCGGUAACUAGUGUGAGCCAUUUGACGUGUAUGAGUGAACCACUUGAAGUUGUGUUUGCUAACUAUGAUGAAUUCAAAAUUCAAGGCUAUGAAGAGGUAAAAUUGUUCUUUGAGGGCUUGAGAAGGCAUAUCAAAGUUAUAGGUUGGACUAUCGCUGGCAUAGUGGACAUUCCUCCCGGCAUUUGCACUUACAAAAUUCAACUUGAUAGUGAUUGUAAGCCGAGUGUUGAACAUCACUGGAGAUUGAACCCACCGAUGCAAGAGGUGGUGAAAAAGGAGAUAAUAAAGUGGUUGGACGCAGGUGUGAUCUAUCCUAUUGCGGAUAGCAAAUGGGUAAGUCUAGUACAAUGUGUACCGAAAAAGGGAGGUAUCACAGUAGUUCCAAAUGAAAAGGGGGAGCUUGUAUCUAUGAGACCGGUGACCCGAUGGAGAGUAUGUAUGGAUUACCAAAAGUUAAAUUCGUGGACUAAAAAGGAUCACUUUCCCAUGUCUUUCAUGGAUCAAAUGCUUGAUCGACACUCAAAGAGAGGUUUGUAUUGCUUUUUGGAUGGGUAUUCUGGUUACAACCAAAUCUCCAUUGCUCUGGAAGACUAA